AUGAGCAUCGGAGCCGCAACCAACGGCGCUGCAGGUCUUCCUGUCCCGAGUCACAACGCGCAUGCUACAGCUACAGCUACAACAUCGCCCUACCAACACAUCGCCGACUUCAUCUCCAAUGUCGGCAAGUUCAAAAUCAUCGAAUCAACAUUAAGGGAGGGCGAGCAGUUUGCCAAUGCCUUCUUCGAUACUGAGACCAAGAUCAAGAUUGCUACUGCGUUGUCUGAAUUUGGUGUUGACUACAUUGAGUUGACAUCACCAUGCGCUUCUCCCGCCAGCCGAGCCGAUUGCGAGGCCAUCUGCAAGCUCGGCCUUAAGGCUAAGAUCCUUACUCACACCCGAUGCACCCUGGAGGAUGCCAAGAUCGCUUGUGACUGUGGUGUUGACGGUGUCGACGUCGUCAUUGGAACAUCCAGCUUCCUCCGGGAGCACUCACAUGGCAAGGACAUGGCUGCCAUCACCAAACAGGCCCUGGAGGUCGUCAACUACAUCAAGAGCCGAGGUGUCGAAGUCCGAUUUUCCAGCGAAGAUUCAUUCAGAGCCGUCGACAACGCUGGCGUCCACCGGGUCGGUAUUGCAGACACUGUUGGCUGCGCCUCGCCGAGACAAGUCUAUGAUCUCGUUCGAACUCUUCGCGGAGUUGUCAAGUGCGAUAUCGAGUGCCACUUCGCGGUUGCCAACGCUUACUCUGCUCUCGAGGCUGGUGCUACUCACAUUGAUACCAGUGUUCUGGGUAUUGGUGAGAGAAACGGAAUUGCUCCUCUCGGAGCUUUUCUUGCGAGAAUGAUUGUGGCGGCUCCCGAAUAUGUGAAGCACAAGUACGACCUUCACCGUCUCAAGGAAAUUGAGAACAUCGUUGCCGAGGCUGUUCACAUCAAUGUGCCCUUUAACAACCCGGUGACCGGCUUCUGUGCCUUUACCCACAAGGCUGGUAUCCACAGCAAGGCUAUUCUGAAUUCGCCUUCGACAUAUGAGAUCAUCAACCCCGAGGAUUUCGGCAUGAGCAGAUAUGUCCACUUUGCCCAUCGUCUGACCGGAUGGAACUCGAUCAAGAGCCGAGUCGAGCAGCUAGGACUUCACAUGACAGAUGCUCAAGUAAAGCUAUUAACAACCAAGAUCAAGGCCAUGGCGGAUGUACGUCCCCUGGCCAUCGACGAUGCGGACUCCAUCAUCAGAGCAUUCCACCUCGAUCUUCAAGAGAGAGACACUACCGAGAUCUGGGGGAACUAG